AUGUUGUGUUUGGAACUUGGACAAUCAAUCCAGUUAACAUAUGAUUAUAUUAUUAUUGGAUCAGGUUCAUCUGGUAGUAUUGUUGCUUCAAGAUUGGCAGAUAAUGGAAGCUCUGUACUCGUCUUGGAAGCAGGUGGAGGUUCAAGCUUUGCCCUUGGCAAUAGAGAUGUAGUUGCCACACAAGGUAACAUGGGUGCCAACGGGGCAUACACACCAACAUCUGUUUAUACAAAGUAUGAAGUACCUCUUUAUUGGUCAAGUUCAUAUUUGACAGGUCCAAACUGGGAUAUUGCAGGCGCUGGUGUGGCUAAGGUCACUGGAGGUUGUGGCAAUCAUAAUGGAAUGGUGUUUAAUAGAGGUACCAGCACGGAUUAUGACGGCUGGAAUGUGAAUGGAUGGAACGCUGCAUCGAUGUUGCCCUACUUUAUCAAGUCUGAGACCAUCCUGGACCCACCUUUGGCCGCCUCCACCCUGCACGGCCACUCUGGCCCCAUCAAUGUUGGCACGCACCCAUUCGAUUCGGAGGGCGCCGACUUUAUCAGCUCGUGUAAUGCUGCCGGCCUGCCAUUCAACGCCGACUUCCAGAAUGACACUCGUGAUGGAUGUGGAUACUUCCAGUUCAACAUCGAUCCCAAUGGAAUUCGCUCGUCGCCCUUUGAGAAGUACUUGAAGCCCAAGCUCAACAAGCCAAAUCUAACACUGCUGACUGGUAUACAUGUGUUGAGGAUCAACUUUAUCCAACCAAUACUUAAUCCAACUCCCAUCGCCAGUAGUGUGUUGGCGCACAAUGUGUCCACUGGCGUCUCGACAACAUUCACUGCACUGAAGGAGGUUAUUCUGGCAGCAGGCGCACUCAACACUCCAAAGAUAUUGCUCAACUCUGGUGUGGGCGAUGCAAGUUACCUGGCCACCUACUCGUCAAAGAUACCUUAUGUGUACUCCAACCGCACGGGCGUAGGCAAGAACCUCCAGAAUCACUUCCUGGCGCUGACCGUCUGGAGCUACAACGCCACGUCCAACCGACCCACCUUCUACGACAUGUUCUCCCAGAGCCUGCUCUUCCAGACAGGCGGUGGAGGUAUCCUGGGCACGCCCGGCUUCUCGGUUGGCGCAUGGCUGCGACCCAACGCCUCGGCCACAGGUGUCUCGGAGAAUGUGAUGCUCAUACUCCCAGGCGUGCUGGGCAGCUCGACCCCCUUCCAGUCAAUGUCAGUCGGAGUGUCAAUCAGUCAGCCAGCGCCAAACAAUCAUUCAAUCGUCCUGGGCAGCAAUACUGCGCUGUCGGCGGUGGACUUUUACCUGCAGGCACCCAAGCUCAACUUCAACAUGUUUAGCAACCAGGCCGACGUCGACACGAUUGUCCGCGGCAUCAUGGAAACACGACGUAUCAUGUCGUUCCCACCGAUGAACAACCGAGCCACGCCAGUCAACCCUCCCAGCACGCUGAGCACCAGCGAGCUCGGUGACUGGGUGCGCAACUCGUCGAUUGCCCACCAGCACUGGUGCGGCACCGCCAAGAUGGGCAACACCAACGAUCCCACGGCAGUUGUCGACAGUAGACUAAAGGUUAUUGGUGUCAAUAACCUAAGGAUUGUGGACGCCUCGAUUAUCCCCACAAUCCCCAACUCCCUGAUGCAUGCCACUGUCAUUGCCAUUGCCGAGAAGGCUGCCGACUUGAUCAUCCAGGACAAGUACUCCUGA